UCCAAUCCGAGAGCGGCAAAGACGAGCCUCGAAGUCCGCCGGCCAAUCGAAGGCGGGCUCAGGGGCGCGUGCGCGCCGCGGCCAGCGCGCGCGGGCGGGGGGGGCAGGCGCGCCCCGGACCCAGGAUUUAUAAAGGCGAGGCCGGGACCGGCGCGCGCUCUCGUCGCCCCCGCUGUCCCGGCGGCGCCAACCGAAGCGCCCCGCCUGCUCCGUGUGCGACAUGCUGCGCCGCGCUUUGCUGUGCCUGGCGGUGGCCGCGGCCGCCCGGGUGUACGCCGACGCCCCCGAGGAGGAGGACCACGUCCUGGUGCUGCGGAAAAGCAACUUUGCGGAGGCGCUGGCGGCCCACAAGUACCUGCUGGUGGAGUUCUAUGCCCCUUGGUGUGGCCACUGCAAGGCUCUGGCCCCUGAGUAUGCCAAAGCCGCUGGGAAGCUGAAGGCAGAAGGUUCCGAGAUCAGGUUGGCCAAGGUGGACGCCACGGAGGAGUCUGACCUGGCCCAGCAGUACGGCGUGCGCGGCUAUCCCACCAUCAAGUUCUUCAGGAACGGAGACACAGCUUCCCCCAAGGAAUAUACAGCUGGCAGAGAGGCUGAUGACAUCGUGAACUGGCUGAAGAAGCGCACGGGCCCGGCUGCCACCACCCUGCCCGACGGCGCAGCUGCAGAGUCCUUGGUGGAGUCCAGCGAGGUGGCUGUCAUCGGCUUCUUCAAGGAUGUGGAGUCAGACUCUGCCAAGCAGUUCUUGCAGGCAGCAGAGGCCAUCGAUGACAUACCAUUUGGGAUCACUUCCAACAGUGACGUGUUCUCCAAAUACCAGCUCGACAAAGAUGGGGUUGUCCUCUUUAAGAAGUUUGAUGAAGGCCGUGGACUUGUGCUUCUGCAGAUGUGA